GUGCACCACGGUGGUUACGCCGCUGCUCCUCUUGCCCACGCUGCUCCUCUUGCCCACGCCGCUCCUCUUGCCCACGCCGCUGUGCCCAUUGCCCACGCUGCCCCCGUUGCCUACACCUCCGGACACGACUACUACUCGCACCCCAAAUACGACUACACUUACUCCGUGGCUGACCCUCACACCGGUGACCACAAGUCCCAGCACGAGAUCCGCGACGGAGACGCCGUGCACGGUUCCUACUCUCUGCUCCAGCCCGAUGGUUCCGUGCGCACCGUUGACUACACCGCCGAUGACCACACCGGUUUCAACGCUGUAGUGCACAACACCGCUCCCGCUGUUCACCCCGCGCCCGCGCCCGCUCAUGGCUACCAUCAUUACUAAUUUCAAAAGAGAUGA